GGCGAGCCGGAAGUCCCGCCUGCCACAGGGGGCGGGCGAGCAGCAUGGCGGCGCCCAGCACCCGGUGAGGAGUGGGGACCUGGGAUCCCAGGGAGCGGCUGGACUCACGCGUUAUGGCCGUAUUCCCGCACACUCUCUCCUCACGCCUACUGACAGGUUGGGUAGGAGGAUGUGUCUGGUAUUUAGAAAGAAGAGCUAUACUGGAAUCCCCUCAUAAGUUUAUGCACCUUUUCAGGAAUGUCAAUAAACAGUGGAUUACAUUUCAGCACUUUAACUUCCUCAAACGCAUGUAUGUCACACAAGUGAAUAGGAUCCUGAACCAGCAAGUAAAACCAAAGCCAGAACCAGUAGCAUCGCCUUUCUUUGAAAAAAUGUCUUCAGGUGAAGCCAAAGCAGAAAUAGAUGAGAUGAAAUCUCUUUCAUCCCCAAGCCUGUCUUUGUCCAGAAAGCCAAGUGAAAAGGAAUUGAUAGAAGUAGAGUCUGCCUCUGUAAUUGAAAGCUCAGUAGAUGUGGGCAAAGAGGCAAAAGAGGAAAAGCAAUGGAAAGAGAUGAAGCUGCACCUUGAUGACUUGCCUGGCAUCUUGGCUCGACUAUCCAAAAUCAAACUCACAGCUCUAGUUGUAAGUACCACUUCAGCUGGAUUUGCCUUGGCUCCAGGUCCUUUCGACUGGCCCUGUUUCCUGCUUGCUUCUCUUGGAACAGGCCUGGCAUCCUGUGCUGCCAACUCCAUCAAUCAGUUUUUUGAGGUGCCGUUUGACUCAAACAUGAAUAGGACAAAAAAUAGACCUCUGGUCCGUGGACAGAUCAGCCCGCUGCUGGCCGUAUCCUUUGCUGCUUGCUGUGCAGUGCCAGGAGUUGCUCUUCUGACUUGGGGCGUGAACCCACUCACGGGAGCCCUGGGAAUCUUCAACAUUUUCCUGUACACUUGCUGCUACACACCACUGAAGAGGAUGAGCAUUGCCAACACAUGGGUCGGAGCCGUGGUGGGGGCCGUCCCACCUGUCAUGGGCUGGACAGCAGCCACCGGCAGCCUCGAUGCAGGAGCACUUCUUCUGGGAGGAAUCCUCUACUCCUGGCAGUUCCCUCAUUUUAACGCGUUGAGCUGGGGCCUCCGUGAAGACUACUCCCGCGGUGGCUACUGUAUGAUGUCAGUGACUCACCCAGGCCUGUGCAGGCGUGUGGCGCUGCGCCACUGCCUGGCCCUGGUCGGACUGUGCGUAGCUGCGCCUGUGCUAGAUGUCACCACGUGGGCCUUCCCAGUGGUCUCCCUCCCCAUCAACCUGUACAUUUCCUACCUCGGCUUCCGGUUCUACAAGGAUGCGGACAGGAAGAGCUCCCGGAAACUGUUCUUCUGCAGCCUGUGGCAUCUGCCUCUGCUCCUGCUGCUCAUGCUCACCUGUAAGCGCCGGCCAGGAAAGGACGGGGACAAGGAAGAUGCUCAGAGCUGAUAGUAAACAGGCACAUGGAAAAAGAACUAAAAACAGGGAGACACACAAUUCUUUGUCAUUGGGUAAGAAUAUUUUGGUAAUUUUGGAGUGCAAAAAGGGAAAUCAUUGGUUUUAGUACAAGAUUGUAAAAUAAUCUGGUGCUCAGUGUCCACUUAAAGACAUAUAUAUAUGAAUUUAUGCAUAUAAAUGUCAUAUAUAUGUGUAUAUAUCCCUAAAUACCCCCCAAAUAAGAAAUGAGUUGGCUCAGCCAAUUCAUACAAAGACUAUUUUUUUUUCAUCCUUUCCUCCAUUACCACCAUUCUGCGUUUUCUUCUCCUUCAUGUGUGUACACAUACAUAUCUCCUGGCUGCACACUCACACGCACACAUGCACGCGCGUACACACACUCCCUACCUGCCAGCCAGAGUGGCUGCUGGUCAGACAAGCUCUGACCAGACCUGUGUUCUGUCUCAGGGUCACCCAGGGCCACCUCAGAGGAAAUACACACUGCAGUCACAGCAUCCCUUUCCCUGCUGGUGAGCUGGGCACCCUGCUGCUGUUCACUCCACCUCACCCAUGUUCUCGGCUGUGCAUUGCCACAGAAAAUAACAAAACAGCUGGGCGUGGUGGAGCAUGCCUGUAAUCCCAGCACUAGGGAGGCUGAGGCAGGAAGAU